AUGUUCCGUCUCUUGGUGAUUGUGGCCUGCCUGGCCAUCAGUGCACAUGCCUACUCCGAGGGAGCUCCAAAGGCUGCCUGCCGGGACCUGACGCCCCAGCACGGAGCCAAGUUGCAGACGGACAAGCCCCCGUACAGCAUCUCCGGUGCGCCCCAUGUGCGCGGCGAUCAGAAGCUCACCCUGACCCUGGGUGGCGAUGAGUUCCUCGGCUUCAUGAUCCAGGCACGCGACGGGCAGAACCGCGUGGUCGGCCAGUUCCAGGUGGUGGAUCCCAAGCACUCGCAGACUUUGGAAUGCUCCGGCAAGGACGACACCCUCACCCACCUGAAGGCCACCAAGGGCAGCCCGCUGACCAGCGUCACCUUCGACUGGAUCCCGCCAGCAGGCUACAAGGGCAACGUUAAGUUCAUGGCCACCGUGGUCCAAACCGGAUUCGUUUACUGGGUGGGUCGCGUCACCAAGGACGUCGAUGUGGAGUAGGCGCAUGUCCUUCCAGUGCUUGUGAUAGAAUUAUUCAUGAUUUGCCCAAAAUCUAUGUCUACCGUUAAUGUUCCGAUUAGCUUUGGAGCGUAGUAUUCUUGAAAAUAAAGUCGAAAAAAGGUCGUUGAUGGAAA